AUGGAAUUGUUUUUCGAGUUGCAAGAUAAUGAGGAUGUUUUGCAUGAUAAAUUCAGUUUUGAAUUUGACAGCCAGGUAGGUGUUUUCAUAAACUUAGCAGUUAUCAAAUAUAAUUUUUUUCAGAAAACGUUGAAUGAAUUGCGAGACAAAAUCGCUUCGAAGUGGCAAAUCCGACGUGAAGACCAAACAAUUUCCAUUAAAGAUGGAAAAGAACUUUAUGGACGAGGUGUGACAAGUCUCGAGUUUUAUGGAUUAAAAGACGGCGACACAGUGAUCGUUGUAAGUUUUCAAAUUUUUAUUUGUUUAGCACCACUAAUGUGAGCCAAAAUUGUAUUAAAAUAAACUUUAAUGUGAAUAAUUUUAGAAGCACGCUAAUUUGCCUAACUGGGUGAAGAUGACUGCUUAUGUAGAAGAAGCGUUACAAGCAAAAUCCGUUGACAACAUGGGACGCAUUAUUUCCUCCGUCGAAGCGGCUCUUCCACAUCUCAAGUUGUUAACAUCAGCUGAUUUCUUCACGUCAUAUCCAAGAUUCGGCCCAAAGCUGCGUUCUUUCAAAAGUGAGUUUGCUCACUACCUGGGCUCCGACGACAAACAUAUCGAAUUUGCGCUUUAAGAAUACUUUUCGAAGUUUCUUGGUGACAAUGCCGAGAACCCGACCGUCGUAGUUAAUUGUGAAGAAAAAACUAGAGGUGGAAUCCAAGUAAGUGUAAUUAAUUGAUCAAGAAGGUUUUUUUACGAGAUUGAAAAAUGUGUUUUAGGGUGGUGUCAUCGCGAAUGUUUCGAGUGAGGGGAACGUCUUGGGCAGGUUCUACGUAAAGGUGCACAUCGGUCUGGCCGUGUAUCCAUAUAAGCAAAACGCGGAUUUGCGUGAAAUUUUUGCCUACAAAUUGCUCGAAUUGAUCAAGCUUGCGCCAAAAGUCCAUUUUGUACCGAAUGUCCAUUACUCGAUGCUUGGAUUAUACAUCUCCACCGAAGAAGGUAAUUUUCAUAAAUGUAGCCCUCAGUUGUGUGUCAGAUAUUCAACGAAAAAUAAUUUAUUUUUUUGAGAUUAUUGAAAUUUUGAAAUUUGUCAGUUUAUAAUUGUCACAUUUCUCAUACAAUAAUAUUUUGUGUUUUUAGUCAUCGGAUUCCGCCAAGCGGACGAGGUCGACAUGUCGGACGACCAAAUGUCUGAGAGGGAACUGAUUCGGAGAAUACUUGUAUUGAAGGAUUUGCACUCGGCAAAUUACGGAGUUGAUGUCAACGGGAAAUUGAGCAUUAUUGAUUUUAAGGUAUAUUUAAAGUUACUUUUUUAUUAGUUCUGUUAUUUUCAUUUAGGUCGGCGACAAUUAUGGAAAGGCAGAAAAAUAUUGGGCAGGCGAAAACAGGGCGGAACGGCAGCGGGUCGCACGUCAAUGUUUUGAAUCAUGGCAGCUCGAACCGAUGAUAAUAGUCGCGAACGAUUCCAUAUUCCAACAGAAACAGCUCUUCCGCAAGAAUGGAAUCCCUUAUAAACCGAGCCGAGAUUUCAGCAAUUACUUGGCAGAAAUCCGCAAAAAUAUCGCCUAUAUUUCUAACUCGUUGUAA